UCACUCACUGUGGUGCCAGAAGAAGAGAAAGACAGUCAACAGCACCGAAGAUCCGGCAACCAGCCCCGCAACCAAACCGUUGCCGGAUUGCAGCUCGACUGCUCGGGCUUCUCCAGACGUCGACUUGAAGUGCCCGUGGCCUUGCUUCUGCUCCAGAAGAGCCCGAUAGGCCAGCUGCAGGUUCAGUGCGGGAUCUGCCUGUGCCACCAGGACAGAUCUGGAGAGCAGGAGCAGCAGUAUGAGCAUCCAAACAAGGCAAACACGGCUCAU